ACAUCUCUCUCAAUUCUCCUUCACUCAAUCGUUUAUUUCUCUCGAUUCUCAUUCACUCACUCAUUUCUUUCCAAUGGCAAUAUCAUCCAUCAAUAAUUUCAUCUUUGAAGUAAGAAGAUGCCAACCAGAAUUAGUUGGUCCACGAAAAGCUACACCCCAUGAGUUUAAGCAACUUUCUGAUAUCGAUGAUCAAGAAAGUUUUAGAUUUCAUGUUCCAAUAGUACACUUUUAUAAACACAAUCCAAACAUGGAGGGGAAAGACCCAGCGAAGGUGAUAAAGAAGACACUUGCCGAGACGUUGGUGUUUUACUAUCCUUUGGCAGGUAGGUUGAGGGAAGGACCUGGGAGGAAGUUGUUUGUUGAAUGUACUGGCGAAGGUGUCUUGUUUAUUGAAGCCGAUGCAGACGUGACUUUGGAGGAGUUCGGUGAUGCUCUUCAAUCUCAAUAUACAUAUUUGGAUGAUAUUUUGUACAACGUUCCAAACUCUGAUGGGAUUGUUAAUUGUCCCUUGUUGCUAAUUCAGGUAACACGAUUAAAAUGCGGUGGUUUCAUCUUUGCUCUUCGUAUAAAUCAUACAAUGACGGAUGCUUUUGGUCUUCUUUCAUUCAUGACGGCCAUGGCCGAAAUAGCUCAGGGAGCCUCUACUCCAUCUGUUUUACCAGUUUGGCAAAGGGCUCUUUUAAACGCACGGGAUCCUCCUAGAGUCACUUGCAUCCACCGUGAAUACGACCAACUUCCCAACACCGAAAACAUCAUUCCCCUUAGUGAAAUGGCUCAUCGCUCCGUCUUCUUCGACCAAACUGAAAUCUCUGCCCUUCGCAAAACCUUACCUGCCCACCUUCACCAUUGUUCCUCCUUUGAUCUCAUCACAGCAUGCUUAUGGCGCACCCGUACCAUAGCGCUUCAGCCCCACCCAGAUGACGAAAUGCGCUUACUUUGCAUUGUAAAUUUACGCUCCAAGUCCAACUAUUUACCAUCGGGAUAUUACGGUAACGCAUUUGCUUUCCCUGCCGCAGUUACCACCGCAGGAAAGCUUAGCCAGAAUCCCCUAGGUUAUGCUGUAGAACUGAUUAGGAAGGCUAAGGCCGAAAUGUCAGAGGAGUACAUUAAGUCAGUGGCAGAUCUUAUGGUGAUCGAAAGACGACCUAAUUUAACAGCGGUGAGGUCGUACGCCGUGUCGGAUGUGACGAGAGCUGGGUUUGAUGAGGUGGACUUUGGAUGGGGAAAAGCCAUCUUUGCAGGACCUGCAGUGGGAGGGGUCGCAACAGUCCCUGGUUUGACAAGCUUUUAUGUGCCUUUCACCAACAGAAAAGGAGAAAAGGGGACUGUGGUACCUUUCUGCUUGCCUGCUCCAGCCAUGGACAGAUUUGUGGUACAACUUGAUGCCUUGUUCAAGUCACAACCACUGGUCGAAGUUCAAAAUUACCAUAAGCCACCCUUCAUUCCAUCUACUCUAUAAUGGGAAAACUUGUGGGAAACUAAAAGAAACCUACCUGAAAAUUUUGGUAGCAGAUAAGAAAAUAAUAUUGUGAUAUGUUUUGUAGUUUAA